AUGCGAGAACUACGGGUCUUCACGUGGAUUCAAUUAUUAGUGUGUUUUUAAGGAUAUUUUAUGAAUUAAUGUGCAAGAUUUAAUUUUAAGAGUUUUUUUAAUGGUAAUCAUGUUUAAGUGAAUCUGAGAAUAUCAGAAGGAAAAAUGAAGUGGAAGAAGAGUAGUGAUGACAGUUUUUCGCGUUCCUCCUCUGGGGGAAGCCUUAGUCUUCGCAGCUUUAUUAUAUGUGAGGAGGUAUCGUCCGCAAUGGAGGAGGAGGUUGAGUUUCGUGUGGGUGGUCCGGACGAUCCGGGCUACCUCUUGGUACGCAUCCACGUUCCAGAGCUCAGCGUCCAGAAAUGCCUGCAGUUUCCACGCGAUCAACUGAUUUGGGAUGUCAAACAACAAUGUUUGGCCGCGUUACCAAAGGUGGCAAGUUGGUUUCGGGAACUGAAGGAAAGUUUUAACUACGGCCUGUUUUUCCCGCCGGAGAACGGUCGGGCUGGGAAGUUUCUUGAUGAAGAACGGCGCCUUGGGGACUAUCCUUUUAACGGACCGGUCGGCUAUCUGGAGCUGAAAUAUAAACGAAGGGUCUACAAGAUGAUCUCCCUCGACGAGAAGCAACUGAAAAGUUUACACACGAGAGCGAACUUAAGGAGAUUUCUGGAUUACGUGCAAAACGGGCAAGUGGAGAAAAUUACGAAAAUGUGCUCGAAGGGAUUGGAUCCGAAUUUUCAUUGCCAAGAAACUGGAGAAACCCCUCUAACAAUCGCCACGGGCAUCAAGAAACCAGCCAAAGUCCUAAUGGCACUGGUGAACGGUGGCGCUCUAUUAGACUAUAGAACCAAAGAUGGGUCUACGGCUCUACACAAGGCCGUAGAGCAUAAAAGCCUUGAAUCUCUUAAGACCCUACUCGAAUUGGGUGCUUCUCCAAACUACAAGGACAACAAGGGACUGACUCCUCUAUACUUUACCAUUCAUCCCGAUGUUGAUCCAAUAUUUGCCGAAACGUUGUUACACGACCAUGCUACUACUGGGGCUGCAGACAUACAGGGGUGGCAUGAGGUGCAUCAGGCUUGUAAGCAUGGCCUCCUGAAGCAUCUCGAACACCUGUUGUUCUACGGCGCAGACAUGAACGCACACAACGCCUCCGGCAACACCCCCCUCCACGUAUGCGCGGUGAAUGGACAGGAAUCGUGUGCACGUCAGUUGCUAUUUCGAGGUGCUGACAGGCAGGCUUUGAAUUACGCCAAUCAGACGCCCUGUCAGGUGGCAGUUAUCGCUGGUAACAUGGAGCUGGCCGAGCUCAUACAGAAUUAUCGGCAGGAAGACGUCGUCCCCUUUCGCGGUCCGCCCAGCUACAACCCGAAGCGACGCAGCGCCAUCGGACUGCUGACGCUGACCCGAACCACCUCCAUGAGCACCUUAACCACCACCGCCAACUUACCCCCGUCCCCCUGUCCUAGUGACAGGUCUUCCCUCCCUUUUAGCUCCGCCAGCUCGAGUCUGAGCGAUUCCGGAAGUGUACCCUGUCCAGAAAUCGAUACCGCUAGUAUUGUCACAGUGCUUGCACUGGGUGUUACAGACAAAAGUCUCGGCGAUGCCAGUGACAUCAUCAGCGACAGUUCUGGAGUGGGUACUGCCAAUUCAGACACCACCAACUGCAGUAUCUCCAUGCCCGGCAGCACCGUUGUCUGUAUUGAAUCAUAUUCACCUAAAGAAAAAGGCCAUAUUAGUAUCAGGGAGGGAGAACUUAUAGAAGUCACUGGAGCUACAGAUGAUGGCUACUUAGAAGGCAACGUCCGAAGCUCUGGACACCGAAGCGGACUAUUUCCAGCCCACUGUGUACAGGAAGUGAAACUUCGUCAUUCCAUCCAGGCCCCAAUGAUCGUAGCUAGAGAUGCCAGGAUGUCCGUUACAUCACAGAACGGCGGCAGAGUUAUCGGUAGACGCGAGAGCACGUCAAAGCAGUUUGCUACUGCACCUAGAGCCAAAAAACAAUAUUCGUCCUCAAGCUUGGAGCAACGGACAGUAGUUCUUCAUAAGGGUAGAAAAGGUUUCGGUUUUAUAUUACGGGGAGCAAAAGCAAUGUCACCCCUUAUGGAAAUGACGCCUUCAGAAAAAUGCCCUGCUUUGCAAUACUUGGAUGAUGUUGAUCCAGGUGGAGUGGCUGAUAUGGCUGGCCUGAAAAAGGGUGACUUUCUAUUAGAAAUUAAUAAUGAAGACGUGUCAUCGGCCUCGCAUGAGCAUGUGGUAGAUCUUAUUAGGAAAUCUGGAAAUUUAGUACAAAUAACGGUUAUUACUUGGGAUCCUCCAAGCUCUCAGAACGCGAUGCAUAUGUCUAGGUCUUCUAACCUGCCUGGAAAUGAAUUUGCAGAUACAUCUAAUUCCAGGCAAUUUUCCACUUUACCCAGAAAAAUGGGUGGAAUGGGAGGCACCCUAGGCAGAUCUGCUCAAGCUCCUUUACCACCCAGAAGGGAUCCAAAGACCACUUUGAGUAUUGGAAGGGCGAGAGCAAAAAGUUUAGUGGCAGGCUUAGGAGGAGAUAGAGAUGAGACUGACGAUAUAACCAAAUCCAGUUCGGCGGAAUCGAUUCAGCAAUCGACUCCAACAGGUACAGCGAGUUCCACGCCAGUACAGCCGAGAACAGCAUCGAUAAAGCAAAGACCGACUUCUACAAGAAUACCACAUAACGCUCUAGAAGAUCUCUUCCAAAAUGAACAUGAGCAACUUAAUAAGUUUGGCACUAUUUGUAAUGGAUCACCUAAAACGAGAGUGUAUGCCAGUGUUGCUGAAAUGAAACGAAUGAGGUCAAAGGGGAAGGGUAAAUUCGUAGACAUUUUUGGUGGAGGUACAGAGCUAAGGCGAAACUUUCACAGUACACCAGACUUAGCUCAAGAAGUGGCCUAUUUGAACUCUCAAACCUUGCCGAAUACCAAAAACCAUCGAAGUCAAGAGGAUUUAGGUUUAACACAGGGAGGUAGGAACCUUCCUCCUCCAAACCAUCCGCCACCACCACCCCCACAAGUCCACGUUUUGAAGUUUGAGAUUCCGAGGCCGAAGAGUGAGAGUCUGCAAAGGGAUAUGUUACCAGAAGGCAUAGCUUCAUCAUUUAACCCAACUGCAAGCGCGAAACUCUACGCUUCUCCCGACGAUAUAAAAACAGUUGGAUAUAGAGCAAAGCAGUCUCAUUCUUCUCGAUCUAUUUUGAGGAAGUCGCACAGUAUGAAACAGUCUAGUACGCAGUUCCAUUCAGGAAAUGUCGUGCAAAGUACCAACGCCCCUAAUAUAAAAGCUCAGGUGCCACAGCAAAUUACCAAUCCAUAUGCUCAGCCUAUUAGGACGACCAUAAGAUCGAAUUCGUCGGCGAGUAACCGAAGCAAACGAAAAAAGCUACCGACAAGCAAAUCCGCUUCAAGCAUUCUCCAGAUGAGUCAGAGUAAUGGUCCCCCUACUACUCCCGAACCCGACUACAGCUGUAGCGACAGCGAAAACGACAGUGAGGCCGAACAACGAGACAUAAUCGGGUUGGCUGGGAGACUGUCGGCUGUACAGCUACAGCCGAUUGAAAACAGCGGCAACAGCAAUACCAGCGGCAGCAGUUCAGGCAGCAACAACUCGGUUCCUCAGAGCUUCAGCGUGGAAGAGAUCCAAAAGACCCGCUUGCAACUCAAAUCGUCCAAAUCGUACCCGGACGAUUUCUUUAAAAAGGUGACCAACGACAAAUUGGAAACGGUGGAGGACGGUGAUAAUAGUUCUUCGGGCGUUAGUUCCGAUCAAGAAAUUACCAACAUGUCGAAUAGUGAAUAUCACACUUCCAGUGUGGAUUCUAGUAUUAAAAAUCAACGGCCACAAACAAGUCUUUUAAAAAGACAAGCAGUAUCGUUGGCCCAGCUACCCCCGCCAAUCGAGAACGAAAACGAUGAAAAAGAAGAAUUUUGCUUACCCCCGCCACCAGAAUUCAACGAAUCACAGGCUGCUCUAUUGACCGCCGAAGAGUUAGUCGUGGCACCACCUCCGCAGUUUAGCGAUAGUAGACAAGUUACCAGAGUGCGAAUAGUUGGUGCUGUCCCUAAAGGAUUGCCUCAGCAGCAGAAGAUGAAACAAGGUCGCCUACACAGUCAGUAAACAUUAGGACACUUAAACAUUUUAUACUCAAUAUAACAAAGUGAUUUCUACAUAACCUAAUAUAAUAUUUAUUUCGAACGAAUUUAACUUAGAAACAAUGUAACGGUAAGGAGGAAUACUUUAGAAGACGAAUUUAUUAGAUCAGUUUUUCUUUGUUAGGUUUUAGGAUAAAAUAAGCAAGCAAUCAGUAAAUUUUUCAAAUAUUCCUCUAUAUAUUCACUUAUAAAUCUCACAUAUAACUAUGCUCAGUCAAUUACUAUAGGUAUAAUAUCAAGUGCUUGGCCUAUGUAUAAGUCACAGUAUAUAGUGCUUUAGCUAAGCGACCAAUAAUAACCAAAUCAGGGGGUCCUUGUUACUGAAAUUACAUUUUAGUGCCAACAGUUAAAAAAUUAUUUUAUUCCUUCAGUACAAUGACCUCUACAGGGCGUUCCAAAUAAACAUGGAACUUGCUAACUUUUUUGAUAUUGUCGCUAGAAAGUUGGUUAAAUUCGCAAAAUUUAUCAAGUAAACUAAAAUAUACGGAAAGUCAAUAUUACUUGCCACAAAUCCAAACGUCAAGUUUUUCAAAAUAUUAUUGUAACUAUUCCAUUAGUAGCUUCUUCAUAACACGUAACCAUUCAUUAAUAUAUUAUUUAAAAGGACGUAAUACAACACACUUUCCUUGAAAAUAUUGACCGGGUCGUCAAAAUUUGGACUUUGGUCACAGCACAUUUCCCAGCUUAUCAGCUAAAAUCAGUACAGUCAGUUUGUCCGCAUAGUUGCCUAUCUUACACCGUCAGAUUUGGAAUCAUGUACAUAUAGGCAACCCAUUUGACUACCUUCUUUUCCCCUUGAAUUAAUUGAAAUAGCUUUACUAUAUCUAAUGAAGUACCUAAUACAUAGGAUUCUUUUGUGGUCUCUAUUAACCUAACAAUCGGAAUGUGAUCAAAACAUUCCUACUGUCACUUGCCACUUAGGUGCAUUACUCACUGAAAUUAGCCUGAUUUGUCAUCAGUAAAAGUGUUUUUUCCGCAAAAAAAAUUAAUAUUGUAAUAUGAAAAAUGUAAUAUGAUUAAAAGUUUUCGUUAUAUUGAUUUCAUUUAUUACUGAAUUUAUUAACUAUAAAUCAUUUUACACCUUGAAAACGUCGGAUAACCAAUUGACAGCUGGGAAUCUGAUUAAGAAAAUUACUAUAUUUUGUCAUCAUCUAAAUUUAAACCACACCCUAAACAUUUGUGACGAAUGACAGUGAUGUUAAUGGUGUGGUCUGCUAUUCAUUAAAUUAUUUCACUUUAGCGACCAUAUGUUAAAUGAGAGUAAUUAACUGAUAGUUCAGUCUGACCUUACUUCAGCAGUCGACACCUGAUAGCAUCUGUUAAGAAGAAAAUCAUCUGAAUUGCCAUGCAUUAUCAAAUGAUUUAAAUUGAACCGCAUGUUUAAUAUUUGCAAUAAGUGACAUUUAGUAAUUUUUGACAGGUUUUAAUCUUGACACUGUUCAUUCUGCAAAUUGAACUAUAUUAUGUAUUUUAUAAAAAUAAUAGAAGACUUAUUACUUUUACUUAUUACUUUACUUAGAAAAAUUAUAAAAGACAUUUUGAAUAUCAUUAAUAUUUCUCUAAACCAAUGACAGACAAUUUUAGGACAUAAAACACUUUGUCUUAAUCAUUUAUAUUCACAUAAGCAUGUCUGUCUGUAACGUAUUAUUAUACUAUGAAGAGAACUAACAUCAUAAAUUUUUAUGAUUGAGAUAAUGUUGUAUAAUAAGGCGUUGGACUUAUAUCAAAUGUUGACCAAUAACUGUAGUUUUUGAAUUGAACUCUUUUAAAUUGAACUCUUAAUAUCUACAGUUUUCUCAAGAGAAAACGUCUAAGAGAAAAAGAGAUUUAUGUCGAUUAUAAUGUAUAAGACAAAGACGGACAGAUUUGAAAAUGAGCAUGUCUUUUCAAAGAAAUUUUUAACAAUUUUUAAUUGUCGAAUAUCGUGGCUUUUAUAUAAAAUUUCCUUAAAAUAACAAAAUAUUUAAUAAAAGUUACAAGUCUAUUGUUGCUGACUUGCUGAUGACUUAAAGCUGAAAUCUAAAUUUAAUUGCGUUUAGUCUUGACAUGAUCAUAAUAAGAUAUCAAAAAUUCUGGUUAAAUUCAAACCAUGCCCUAAAUAUUUAUGACAAGUGACAUUAAGGGUGUGGACUGUGAUUCACUCAAACUAGUCUGACUGAUGUUUUUUUUUAAGAAAUGUGUUUAUUAUAUGAUAUUCUAUACUAUUUCAGUUUAGUAGUGUUCAUAUGUUUGAUGUGUUUCUCAGGUCGACUAUUAACCCUUUGAUAGCUGAGAAUCUAUUAAGAAAAUCAGCUGAUUUGCUUUGCAUUGUCAAAUGGUAAAAAUCACACCAGACUGCAAUAUUUGGGACAACUGGCAUUCAUUUCGUUUGGAUUUUGACAAUUUUAAAUUUUCAAACUCUUUCUUUGCUUUAUACUUUAUUUUUUACAUAAGCAUAUCUUUCUUUAACUCAUAAUUAUGCUACCAAGACCACUAGCAUUAGUUGAAAUUAAAUUUUUAAGACGUAUAGGAGAAAAAGAUACUUGGGAAUGUGAACUAUAAUGUACGCAAAAGACAAAGACAGAAAUGUUUUUUUAAGACAAUUUUAUACUUGUAACACAUUGUCGCUUUUUGAGGUUCUUAAAAUACGAAAAAAUUGAAUGAAAAGUACCGUGCUAUUAUCGACGAUAACUUAAAUCCGAAACGUCGAACUUUAAAUCCAAACUUUCCGUUUUUUUUGCGUAAUUGUUGCCUUUUUUAUUAAUAUAAAAAAUAGAUAAACUUGCUUAUCAAAACAUAUUUCUUGCACUAACAGCAAAAAAGUUAGCAUUAGGUCCAAGUUCAUUUGACUAACCCUUGUAUAGAUUGUAUAGGAAAAUGCAAUUAGGGUUUUAACCGAAGUAAAUUGUUGAAAAUUUCUGAAACUGGAGGUAUUUUAGAAACUUUUCAACUUCAAGGUCAUCAUGCUGUUAAUUGCACUGAUCUAAUAGUGCUUAAUUACUAAAACAGAACAACAAUAACCCUAGACUGUUAAUUAUCAACCCCCUUGUAAGAACCAAUUUAAUGAAUUACACCUCUUUACUGCCAUUUCUUAACACUUUUUCUAAUAAAUAAAAUUAGUUCAAUUUUCAUAUAUAUUGUUCGUCAAAGGUGAGUGCGUUGAUGCAAGGAUUCCUGCCAUAUUUAGACAAUUUUGUAAUGUAUUUCAUUAGAGUUGUUAGUGUAAAUUGAUUCCUUUUUUAAUGUGUAUAUGCAGGCAUAUCCUGUGAAAUAUAACCAUGGUGUGUGUUAUGGUGGCUUCCAAUUGCUUCGUACAAAUCAUACGGGAGAAUAAAGUUGAUUAAAUGAAUCUCAGAUCUUAAAUUUUCAAACAUAACAAAGUAAACAUAUGUCCACCAUUGCAUUAGACCAUUACAUAUGUGUCAUUUUAUUAUAAUUAUUCCUAUGUAGUGCCCCAUCCUAUUUAAAAUUCUUGGGUAUUUGUAUGUAUAUUUUUAUAAUAAUUAUUUCUAUAUAUACGCUCAAUAUUAAUGCCUGAAAUGUGAAAUCUACAAUACCUAAAGAGCAAUAAAUGAUAUUUAUUAAUGAUGUAGUAUGUCCAAUUGAAGCGCACCAGAGAAUAUUUGAUUUCUUUAAAUCCCCUAACUAAGCUUAACCCAUCCGAGAAGUGAGACCUUUUAAGUAAAAUAGCACCUGUAAAUAUUAAAACAACAGUUUAUUUAAAUAAUUUUAACAAAAGCAGUUUUUGUAUGAUACUCAACACAACUUUUAAUAUUACCUUGUACAUGAACUGUAAUUCUAUGUAAAUUCCACAUUAUUGGGCAAUAACGUAAAUUUACAUUAGAAUUAUUAAUAAAUAUGCAAUGUUUUAAAUGAAUAAUGUCGGUUGUAUUAUUGUUUAAUAUUUAGUAUUUGUUUUGUUAUUUAUUCACAACACUUUCACCUAAAAUAGUUGUAAGUUCUCCUUUUAAGUGUAAAUAAAUGAUAAUAUUGGUAAUUAUAAUUGAAUAAUAAACUAGUGAUUUUUAAGACUU